CUGUGUCCCUCGGACACAGCGGAUCACCGAUCCAUGGAAAGAGCUGAAGAUGUCGGCUCGGUCAUGUGAUCAGCUGUGUCCAAUCACAGCUGAUCACAUGUAAACAGGGAAAUGCCGGUUAUCGGCAUUUCUCUCCCCACGAGCUGCCACGCUGACAGCUCUGUAGCCCUAGCAGUGCCACCUGUCAGUGUCCAUCAGUGCCAGCUCUCAGUGCUCAUCCAUGCCACCUGCCAGUGCCACAUCAGUGCCACAUUUCAAUGUCCAUCAGUGUCAGAUCAAUGCCACAUAUCAGUGCCCAUCUGAGCUGCCUCUCAGUGUCACCCAUCAGUGCCACCUAUCAGUGCUGCCAGUCAGUGCCACCUAUCAGUGCUGCCAGUCAGUACUACCUAUCAGUGCCAGUCAGUGCUGCCUACCUGCCUAGUGCUGCCUAUCAGUG